AUGGAUUGGCUUAAAAUUGCUAUUCAACAAAAAUAUAUUAAAUUAUUUAAAUAUGAUUCUUUUCGAAAUUUGAAAGAAAUUGGUAAAGGAGGAUUUGGAACUGUAUAUAGUGCUUAUUCAGAAAAUAUUGACAACCUUGUAGCUUUAAAAGCCUUACACUAUAGUCCCACUAAAGAUAAUAAGAUUUCAUUGGAUGGAUUUAUUAAAGAAGUUAAAAAUAUGAAUAGUGUUAAUCAUCAUGUUAAUGUAAUAAGAUUUUUUGGCAUCACUCAAGAUGAAAUUGCGUUAUCUGUUAUUUUUGGUACAAGAGAAACACCUAUUAAUGGAACUCCUGUUGAUUUUAUGAAUAUUUAUUGCGGCGCUUGGAAUGAUAAUCCAGAAUUACGUCCUACCAUAGCCGAAAUUCGUAAUAAAUUAGAUUGUAUAAAUAUAAAUUUAGCUUAUUGUAAUGAACAAGAUAUUAAUACUGCAAGAAAUAAUGAUUAUGACAAUAACUCGCUUGAAUUAUUUAAUCAAUCGCAA